AUGGAAGGAGGUUUGGUGAACAACGUUGGUUAUGUGAAAAGGGGCAUUGCCAAGAAGAAGAAACAGCCUCAUCGCAGGGUUAAGAGGCCAGUUUCAAAGACUCUUCAGCAACUAUUUCAUUCAUGCAAAGAAACUUUCAAAGGUCCUGACACUGUUCCUUCACCACAAGAUGUUCAGAGACUACGCCACCUACUUGGUGAUUAUAAUAACAUGAAACCAGAAGACGUUGGGUUAAGUGAAGAUCUGCAGUUCUUUAAGCCUGGAAAUAUAGUUAAGGAGAACCAAAGGGUCACCUACACAACUGUGUGCAAGUGUGACAAUUUUUCACUCUGCAUCUUUUUCAUACCGGAAGGAGGAGUCAUUCCUCUCCAUAACCACCCGGGCAUGACUGUUUUCAGCAAACUUCUGUUAGGACUAAUGCACAUUAAGUCCUAUGAUUGGGUUGAUUCGGAGGUCUCUGAUGACAACCUGCUGCAACCACCAUCAUCUCAAGUGAGAUUGGCAAAGUUGAAAACUGAUAAGGUGCUCACAUCAUCAUGUAACACUUCUGUGCUGUAUCCAACUACAGGAGGCAAUAUCCAUGAAUUCACAGCCAUAACCCCAUGUGCUGUUCUUGAUGUCAUUGGUCCUCCUUAUUCCAAAGAAGAUGGUCGGGACUGUUCCUACUACAAAGAUCAUCCUCAUGUUUCUUUUUCUAAUGAAAAGAUUGGCGAGACUAAAGAGGAAAAUGAUAACGAUAGGUUCGCAUGGUUACAAGAGAUCGACAUGCCAGAGAACUCUGAAAUGGAUGGCAUGGAGUACCUGGACACAUUCAAGAAAAUGGCAAAACAAAAUAAGGAAUGGGCUGUAGGAAUCGACCUUGGCACAACAUACUCGUGUGUUGCAGUAUGGCAGGAACAGCAUCAGAGAGUAGAGAUCAUUCACAAUGACCAAGGCAACAACACCACUCCUUCUUGUGUUGCUUUCACAGACCAUGAAAGGUUGAUAGGAGAUGCUGCUAAAAAUCAGGCUGCUACCAAUCCAGAGAACACCAUCUUCGAUGCUAAGAGGUUAAUCGGUAGGAAAUACGGUGACGCAAUUAUUCAGAAGGAUAAAUUGUUGUGGCCAUUUAAGGUUGUUGCCGGGGCUAAUGACAAACCUAUGAUUUGUGUCAAGUAUAAGGGGCAGGAGAAGCACCUUUGUGCGGAGGAAGUAUCAUCCAUGGUCCUUACAAAGAUGCGGGACAUUGCAGAGGCAUACCUGGAAACACCAGUAAAGAAUGCAGUUGUUACUGUGCCUGCUUAUUUCAAUGAUUCUCAGCGCAAAGCCACCAUUGAUGCUGGUGCUAUUAUCGGCCUCAAAGUUAUUCGAAUAAUCAACGAACCCACCGCUGCGGCAAUUGCAUAUGGCCUUGAUAAGAGAAAUGAUUGUGUCGGAGAGCGAAAUAUUUUUAUCUUUGAUUUUGGUGGUGGUACUUUUGAUGUGUCUCUCCUUACAAUUAAGGACAAGGUCUUCCAAGUCAAGGCUACUGCAGGAAACACUUAUCUUGGUGGAGAGGAUAUUGAUAACAGAAUGGUGAACUACUUUGCGGAGGAAAUGAAAAGAAAAAAUAAAAUGGACGUAAGUGGGAACCCGAGAGCCCUGAGGAGGUUGAGAAGUGCAUGCGAGAGAGCAAAAAGGACACUUUCAUAUGCCGUUACUGCUACCAUUGAGGUAGAUGGUUUAUUUCAGGGCAUUGAUUUGUGUUCUUCAAUCAGUCGUGCAAAGUUUGAAGAAAUGAAUAUGGAUCUUUUUGAAGAGUGUAUGGAGACAGUGGAAAGGUGUCUCACUGACUCUAAGAUGGAUAAGAGCAGUGUAGACGAUGUUGUCCUUGUUGGUGGCUCUUCUAGGAUACCCAAAGUGCAACAACUAUUGCAGGACUUUUUCAAGGGAAAGAAUCUUUGCAAGAGCAUUAAUCCUGAUGAGGCUGUUGCUUAUGGUGCAGCUGUGCAGGCUGCUUUGUUGAGUGAAGGCAUUAAGAAUGUCCCGGAUUUGGUAUUGAAGGACGUUACACCGCUUUCACUUGGUGUAUCAGUAAGAAUAACAGAUAUCAUGAGUGUUGUGAUUCCUAGGAACACUACUAUUCCUGUAAUUAAGAAAGAAAAAUAUGAGACAUCCAGAGAUAACCAAACAUCUGUCCUGAUUAAGGUUUAUGAGGGCGAGAGAGCAAGGGCCAGUGACAAUAAUUUGCUGGGCUUUUUUACACUUUCUGGUUUUCCUCUUUUUCCCCGCGGGCAUCCCUUGUUAGUGACCUUUUCCAUAGAUGAAAAUGGCAUACUUUCUGUUUCUGCUGAGGAAGAAACAACCGGUAAUAGGAAUGAAAUUACUAUAAAGAACGACAAAGGAAGACUGUCAGCUGCGCAAAUUAGUACUAUGAUGCAAGAAGCUGAGAACUACAAGUCUGAAGAUAACAAGUUUCUUAGGAAGGCCAAUGCAAUUAAUGAUUUGGAUUCUUAUGUAUACAAGGUCAAAAACGCUUUAAAGAGAGAAGAUAUCAGCUCAAAGUUUAGCUCGGGAGAAGAGAUGGAUAUAAGCUGUUCAAUUGCUAGAGCCAUUGAUAUGGUUGAUGGUGUGAACCAGAUUGAAGAUAUAGUUGUUUUGGAAGACUGUGUGAAUGAGCUUAAAGCAAUCUUUGAAAGGGUUGCGGUCAUGGGCAAGUUUGUGAAGGAGAUUGAAGGCUUAAGAAAUGCAUCAAUGACUAAUUUUGCAGAUGUGAAAAGGUUAAUCGGCAGAAGGUUUAGCGAUCCCAUUAUUCAGGAUGAUCUGAAGUUGUGGCCAUUUAAGGUCAUUGCUGAUUCUGAUGACAAACCCAUGAUAGUUGUUUCAUACAAGGGUCUGGAGAAACAUAUUUCAGCUGAAGAAAUCUCAUCUAUGAUCCUUACAAAGAUGCGCGAGAUUGCAGAAGCCUAUUUGGAAUCACAGGUUAAGAAUGUCGUGGUUAUUGUACCUGCUUAUUUUAAUGACUCUCACGACAAGCAACCAAAGAUGCUGCCCACAGCUGCAGCUCUAGCAUACGGCCUUGACAAAAGACCUAGUUGUGUUGAAGAGCGGACUAUUUUCAUCUUUGAUCUUGGUGGUGGUACAUUUGAUGUGUCUCUUCUCACAAUCAAGGGUGAUGUCUUUGAAGUCAAGGCCACUGCUGGUGACACUCACCUUGGAGGAGAGGACUUGGAUAACAGAAUGGUGAAGUACUUUGUUGAGGAGUUCAAGAGGAAGAAUAAAGUGGACAUAAGUAGGAAUCCAAGAGCAUUGAGGAGAUUGAGAACUGCUUGUGAGAGAGCAAAAAGGACACUCUCAUAUGCUGUUGACACCACCAUUGAGGUAGAUGCUUAG